GUAUUUUUUUUUCUCGUCUAAUCUCAGAUCCUCUGCGCAAGCUGUUAUGACGUCACAUUUAGAACGUCUCGCCUAGGUUUAGAACUUGCUCAUUUUGUGGGUUGAAGUUUCGGAGUAUAGAUUGAUCGACUGAUUGCUAUCUGACUUUUAUCGAGUGACAGAUAUUGUUAUAAUGAAAUUAUUUUCACGACUGAAAAAAAUGAUUGAGAAGGAGUGUAUACAAGAACCAUGUGUUCUUCUUAAACACACCUUUAACCAAGAGAACCAUCCUCCUCAUUGGCCUGAUGAGGCUCUUGUUGUUGCUGGUGGUUUUGAUGGAAGAGAGGAGGCAGAAAGAGAAAACAAAAAGAAAAAGAAGAGCUUCUGGAGGUGGCCAGCUCUCCGCUUUCCUCACAGGAGAGCCACUAAAUAUGAUCUGGCUAAAGCUGAGAAUAAGCACCAGACUGAAGCCGGAUAUUAUCGGACAUUUAGUGAUGCUCCAGCUCCUAAAGUCCACCCCGUUGAGGAACAGCUGGAGCAGAAUGCCCCAGGCAAAGGCCACAUCCGCAGCCAUUAUAAAAUCGGCUCAAAACUGGGUCAAGGAGGAUUUGGUUUUGUCUACGAAGGGACUCGCUGCAAGGAUGAACUUGAGGUGGCUGUGAAAUUUUCAGUGAAGUCACCAAACAUGCCAUAUAUCAGAGUGCCUGGUCAUCCCCAAUGCAUCCCAAUGGAGAUAGGCCUGACACUAAUGGCCAAUAAAUGCCCCAGAGCUCCUGAGAUCAUAAGAAUUCUGGACUGGGAGGACAACGAAGACCACUUCAUUAUGGUCAUGGAGCGGCCCAUGCCCUGCAUGGAGUUAAGAAAUUUCGUAAAGCUCCACGGAGAGAGUCUCAAUGAGGAGACAGCACGAAAGGUCAUGCAGCAGGUCACCGAAGCCGCUAAUGUUUGCAUCAAGCGUGGCGUCUUUCAUCGAGACAUAAAAAUGGAGAACCUGCUGUUAAACCAGGACACCAUGGAGGUGAAACUCAUUGACUUCGGGUGUGGUGUGCAAAUGAAGAGAUUUGGCUAUGAAGUCUUCAGUGGCACAAAAGCGUACUGUCCACCAGAGGUCAUCGUGAACGGCAAAUACCAUGCAAAGCCAACAACAGUGUGGUCGCUGGGGAUCCUUCUGUUCAUGAUGGUGUGCGGACAUUAUCCAACAGAAUACGACCUGGAUCUGAUCAGUAAGAGGAGCUGGACCAGACCUGGCCUGUCACAAGAAUGCUGCCAGAUGAUUUCUUCAUGUCUGCAGUCUGAUCCACAGCAGAGGAUCGAUCUGGAGAAGAUGCAGAUCCAUGACUGGUUUAAGGUCAUGGAGUAAGACAUGAAAA